CCGGUGGGGGCGGGGCAGGUAGGUGCGGGCUGGAAAGCUGCGGCGGCGGGCGGAAUGGGUUCUCGCUGCUGUCUCCGCUGAGGCGCGCUCGCGUGGGCGCUGGGCCGGCCCGCAGUGCUGCGCGGAGCAUGAAGGGCGGCCCGGGCGGCGCCACCAUGCAGGAGACCUUCGGCUGCGUAGUGGCCAACCGCUUUCACCAGCUGCUGGACGACGAGUCGGACCCGUUCGACGUCCUGCGCGAGGCCGAGCGCCGGCGCCAGCUGCAGCUGCCGCGCAGGAGGCGAGACGAGGCGGGAGCGACGACCCCGGGGCCCAAGCUCGGCGCAGGCGGCCCCAGGGGGUCCCGCAAGGAGCGGAAGGGUCCCGCCGCCCCAGGGAGUCCCAGGGGGGCCCUGCCACUGUCGCAGCCACAGCCGGCAGGCCAGAGGCGUACUCCUAGAAGAGGGGAGGUACAAGGAUGGAAUGACAGCCAAGGGACAGAAGUGACACUGGACAGAACAGAACGGCGAUCCUACAGGGAAUAUCGACCCUAUGAGACCGAGCGGCAGGUGGACUUCACAGCUGAGAAGUGCACAGAUGAAAAACUAAUUGACAAAUUUGAUCGAGACCGAGCACCAAGAGGCCGUGGAGGCCCAAGAGGGGCACUUCGAGGCCGAAGCCGAGGCCGAGGCGGAGGUGGGAUCAGAGCUUUCGACACUUUUGACCCAAGAGGGAAGCGAGAUUUUGAAAGAUACAGUGGGAAUGAUAAAAUAGCAUUCAGACCUGAAGACAACACAGGUGGGUGUGGAAUUCGCACCUGGGGGUCAGGAAAAGACACCAGUGACUUGGAGUUGACUGCCCUGAUAGAAGAGACCCCAGCGAUGGAGGAAGCCCACGGCGCCUUGGAGGAGGACUCUCCAGCCAAAGUUCCUGAGUUGGAAGUAGAAGAGGAAACUCAAGUUCAUGAGAUGACCUUGGAUGAGUGGAAAAAUCUUCAAGAACAGACAAGACCAAAACCUGAGUUUAACAUCCGGAAACCAGAAUCCACUGUUCCUUCCAAAGCAGUGGUGAUUCACGAGUCAAAAUAUAGAGAUGAUAUAGUGAAGGAUGACUAUGAGGAGGAUGCCCAUGUUUUCCGGAAAGCAGCCAAUGACAUCACAUCUCAGCUGGAGAUUAACUUCGGGAACCUCCCUCGUCCUGGACGAGGAGGCAGAGGUGGUGCCCGGGGAGGCCGGGGAAGGAUCCGGAGGGUGGAGAACUACGGACCCAGACCAGAAGUGGUGAUACAAGACAUUGCCCCCAACCCAGAUGAUCCUGAAGAUUUCCCUGCUCUGGCGUGAAUGGGGCAGCACCAGUGACCCCCCACCUGUGAGGAGACCCUGAGAACAAUAGAUGUUGCUUCCCUGUGUCAUGUGAAGUUGCUGCACUUUUUUGGUCUGGGGGUGUCGGAUGCACAUGCUUCUUACCCUCUGCCCCUGCAUUAGGGUUUUUGUCAGGCACUUCUGUAGCAGGUGAAGAAUGGUGACCAUUUUUUAAUUGAAGGAAUUCCAAAGAAGUUCAGGAAUAAUGUUUAAAGGUGUACAUAGAGACUGUAUCAAAACCUCCACCAAAGCAUGGAGAGUGAAGUAAGCUGUAAAAUAUAAUCUAUUGAGAGCACUUAGUAAAUUGUAUAGUUCCCGGAAUUGUAUAGAUCCUUCUUCUGAUAUUACAGGAAAUAACACAGAAUUGUAACUAUUAAUUUAGAGCAGUCACAGCUUAGUUUCUGAGAGUGUUUACUUGUAAAUGUCACAACCUCCUGAAAUUUCCUGAAUUCUCAUUUUCAUUUAACCACAAAUUCCAAACAGCUGUUGUACAGCCAGUGGUCACUACGCUGUGACAAAGAAAUAGACAAAGUAUUGAUUUUUUUAAUGGUGAUAUAAACUACCUCGUGGUUUUUGUGUGUGUAUAUAUACACACUCAGUAUAUACAGUACAUAUAUAUAUAUAUAAUACAUAUAUAUAUGUGUGUGUGUGCAUAUUUAGUGUUUGGGUGGUUUUCAGGAUGAGUACUAAGUAUAUGAUUUUUAAAAUCAUGUUAUUUAACCCACCAAAUGAAAGGUUUCCCAGCCAAGGUUAACAGCAUACCUUUUCCUCAGAACAAGCAUGCACCUCAGCCAUGGAGCAGGGCCCAGCCUGGCAUGCUGAAUCUCUCCUCUGCUAUGUGCGUGGGCUCCCCAUAGCCCUGGAGCUGUAGUGCUCCUCACUGUAGUCCCACCCUAGACCAUGGGGCUGGAGCCUAGGGCCCAGCUGUCCCCCACUCAGAGCCCACAGGUGCUAGACAGAGCCAGGCAGAGGCAGCAGUGACUCGGCAGGGGCAAUGACAGAGGCCUGUGGCCCUGGGCACUGGAGCCCUGUCCCAGGCUCUGCGUCUCUAGUUCUGUGCUAUCUCAGAUGGCUCUGAACUGGAGCCCAAAUGCAAAUAAAGCUGGGAUUCCCUCCAAACUGUGCAUAGAAAACGCAGUCCUUUCGGCCACACUGAGCCACAGUGGAAACCUGAGUCCCUAGAUGUGUCACAGUUAAGGGUGUUUGCGUGGCAGUGGCUUUGGGUUUCAUUAUUAAAUGACUAUCCAAGUACUAA